AUGGCCGAAGUCCGACCCGAACCCAACGAAGACUCGGUGGACUGCCCCUCUGGAUCCCAUCAGAAAAGACCUGCGCCUAAGGAUCCCUACGACAAUGGCUUCCUGUCUGCGCCUAGAAGCACCCUGUGUCCUACCUCGAAGAAUAAAGGAACACCACCAUCGAACGCCAAGGCGAAUGGCGAGGGAUCCAGCAACAAGUACUCUAGACGUCUAAAGCGCCAAAGAUGCGCCGCUCUUGCGAGUAUGUUUCCCAGCAUGUCUUUGAUCGCUUCCUUCGUGUUGUCGAGUUCUGCUUCGAUUGCUUCUUCUUUGCCGUAUACGAGCUAUAAGCUUGCUAGAUAG